GGGGGGGGGGGGGGGGGAGAGUGGCUGCAUAGUGCUGCGCCGAUUGGGGCGCUCGAUCGGGGGAAGAGAGAUGGCGUGCUUGUUGGAGGCCCCUCUCCGCAUCAGUGUGCUGUCUGAAGUCACUGCCACUAGUCGCCAUUAUGUUGACCGACUGUUUGACCCCGACCCACAGAAAGUGCUGCAGGGAGUCAUUGACAUGAAGAACGCCGUCAUAGGAAACAACAAGCAGAAGGCCAAUCUGAUUGUCCUGGGAGCUGUGCCGAGGUUACUUUACCUGCUCGGGCAGAGCUCGUCCAGUCCGGAGCUACGGACCGAGUGUGCCGUGGUGCUGGGCAGCCUAGCCAUGGGUACCGAGAACAACAUCAAGUCCCUGGUGGACUGUCACAUCAUCCCUGCCCUUCUUCAAGGUCUUCUGUGUCCGGACCUGAUCUUCAUCGAAGCUUGUCUUCGAUGUCUCAGAACGGUCUUCAUCAGUCCAGUCACUCCUGUGCAGCUGCUCUAUACUGACCCCACUGUGAUUCCCCAUCUAAUGUCUCUACUGAGCCGCUCACAGAAGACCCAGGAGUACAUCACACAGAUCUUCUCCCACUGUUGUAAGACCCCAGAGCACCAGACGGUUCUUUUCAACCAUGGCGCCAUCCAGAACAUUGCCCCUCUACUUAUCUCACCCUCUUAUAAGGUCCGGAUGCAGGCGUUAAAGUGUUUCUCAGUCCUUGCCUAUGAGAACACUCAGGUCUCCAUGACACUGGUGAAUGUGCUGGUGGAUGGUGAGCUGCUCUCUCAGGUAUUUGUCAGAAUGAUGCAAAGGGAUCAACCCAUUGAAAUGCAACUAACGGCAGCCAAAUGUCUAACGUACAUGUGUCGAGCGGGUGCCAUCAGGACAGACGACAGCUGCAUUGUCCUAAAGACCCUGCCAUGCCUCGUGCGGAUGUGCAGUAAAGAGCAUUUGCUCGAGGAGAGGGUGGAGGGUGCGGAGACGCUGGCCUACCUGAUGGAGCCCGACGUGGAGCUGCAGAGGAUCGCAAGCACCACCGACCACCUGGUGGCCAUGCUGGCCGACUACUUCAAAUACCCCAGCUCUGUGUCUGCCAUCACGGACAUCAAGCGGCUGGAUCAUGACCUGAAGCACGCACACGAGCUGAGACAAGCCGCUUUCAAACUGUACGCCUCACUCGGCUCCAACGACGAGGACAUCCGCAAAAAGAUCACAGAGACGGAGAACAUGAUGGACCGGAUAGUCAGUGGCCUAUCAGAAUCCAGCAUUAAAGUCCGUUUGGCGGCCGUCAGGUGUCUUCACAGUCUGUCGCGGUCGGUGCAGCAGCUGAGGACGAGCUUCCACGACCAUGCAGUGUGGAAACCCCUCAUGAAGCUGUUGCAGAACGCCCCGGAUGAAGUCCUGGUCAUGGCCUCCUCUACACUAUGCAAUCUACUACUGGAGUUCUCCCCCAGCAAAGAGCCCAUCCUGGAGUCGGGCGUGAUUGAAUUACUAUGCAGUCUGACCCAGAGUGACAGUCCUGCACUGAGGGUCAAUGGGAUCUGGGCUCUGAUGAACAUGGCGUUCCAGGCCGAUCAGAAGGUGAAGGUGGAGAUCGUUCGGGGUUUGGGUACAGAACAGUUGUUCCGCCUGCUAUCAGACCCCGACACCAAUGUGCUAAUGAAGACCCUCGGUUUGCUGCGCAAUCUGCUGUCAACACGCCCACACAUCGACCAGAUCAUGAGCUCUCAUGGGAAGCAGAUCAUGCAGGCGGUGACCCUCAUCCUGGAGGCGGAGCACAGUAUAGAGGUGAAAGAGCAGACGCUGUGCAUCCUAGCCAACAUCGCCGACGGCAACACAGCCAAGGAACUCAUCAUGACCAAUGAUGACAUGCUCCAGAAAAUCAAAUACUACAUGGGACAUUCGAAUGUGAAACUGCAGCUCGCUGCCACCUUCUGCAUCUCAAAUCUAAUCUGGAACGAGGACGACGUUCAAGCAGUGGUCAACAGCGAUUGUGCCCACAAAGGUUCUCAGGAGCGGCAGGAUAAGCUGAGGGAGAUGGGCUUCGUGGAUAUCCUGCACAAACUCACCCAGGCCUCUGACCCCAACCUCUGCGACAGGGCAAAGACGGCGAUGCAGCAGUACCUAGCGUGACUACAGAGGGGAGGGAUUCCAGCCGAACUAACAGUCGCCGGGAGGACACAUGCCAUUGGUUCUUUUGUUUCUUGUUUGGUUUAACCUCGAGGCUUGUUUUGUUGCACAAAGACACCUCUUUUUGGACCUGUGGCUGGCCUCCCUUCACCUCCCCCCCCCCCCCCCCCCAAAAA